CAGGAAUGUUUGAAUCGUACCUGCAAUUCGUCGCCCCUUGACGAUGUUGUAGCAGAGAGCCACCUUGGCAUUCAAAUUAAGAAUUCCCCAGUACAGAAGACAUCAGGGGAACUACGUACUUCACUUAGUUGAUUCCCGUUUCUGAAGAAGACAGAAAGCACAUGAAUGUUCGGAAAUGGACGGCAAAAAGUAUCAGAAAGACCGCAAAUUGUCGCGGGUAUCGGAGGUUUCGACUGCAGAGGAGCAGUACCUCUCGCGACGCGGCCGUCGUGCAUCACGUGUGAAACCGCUAGACAACGAUGAGGAGCGGUCCGUCGUAUCUGCCUCGGACGCGUCGUCACGGGGCGACCUCGAGGUUGUCCGCCAGACUGCGUCAGGAGCGCGCAUUUUCGUGAAUAAAGACCAGCAUGCAUCCAGCCGGGACAACAGUACGGCCUUUCCGUCGAGCAAAGGGGGCAGCAAGGAGACCAGCCCGAGCUUGCAUUCAAAGCACAGCGUGCGAGUAAACUUCGAUGCAUCGCCCAUGAGUAGUAGCUACUAUCUGCGAAGUCCAAAACUGCGCGAGAUGCAGGCUGAGAAGCUCAGGCGCGAGGAAGAGGAGCGAGUGGCGGCGGAAGAGGCAGAGCGAGCAAAGAAAGGAUUUUCGCUCAAAUGCUCUAAAUCCAUGACGCUCGACGAGCCGCCUGGUAAUUGACUAGUCCAUAAAUGAAUAUGGCUUGCUCUCAGGCGCGCUUGUUGAAGUGACCGUUGAUCGUCUACUUCCUCUCCUAGUUGUUGCGUCAAUCCUUGAGACAAGAACCUCCUUGUCCUAGGCCUCCUUUAUUAUAUCAAUGGCACCCUUACUAGAUGAAGACGCCUCUUGGGUAUUGAAGACCCGGUACUAUAUACAGUGCAUCCUCGCCGCUCAAAAAUUCGAUGCUGCCAUUGGAUUCGUCAUUCUCCUAAACAGCAUAACCAUCGGAUGGGAGGUAUCUUGUCUCUGCCAAGCUCCAUUCUAUUAUGUUCUCUGUUUCAAUGAUAGAGGACUCAUUCGCCCUGAAAACAUACGAGGUCUUGAAUCGCACAAGUUUUUUGAUUAAUGGAAUUUACAACGCCAGGCUAAAUCCCCCGUAUACGUCGUAAAAUCUCACCGUUCUCUGCUUCCCUAUAUACUUCAGAGCAAUUGCGAAAUUGUGGGCCAGGAUACGCAAUUUUUUGAGGACAUAGAGCAUAUUUUCCUGGGGAUCUAUUCAUUAGAGCUUCUUGCACGCUUUUAUGCUUUUGGGUUCGGCUGUCUCAAGUCCGGGUGGGUAGCAUUUGAUGCGGUUCUCGUCGUAGUCGGUAUCGCCUCCACGUGGGUCCUUCCAAGCAUAUUUACUGAAACUCCAGAAGAACUCGGUCCAUUGCUAGUGUUGCGUGUAUUGCGACUUCUGCGGCUUGCUAGGGCGGUACAUAUAGGAAAAGGAGUUUCUUACUCUACAUGUUUGUCUAGUGUUUUGCUGAUUCGGAUGGAUUUCAUGUGAAUAUGUCUCUCGUCCCGAACUAGCUGAUUAUUAUCAUAGCAAGACUCGUAGAGUUUGACGUCGGCCAUUCCUUGCGAGGCGCUAGCUUUUAUGCUCACAAUAUCAUCCUCGUCAAGCAACAAUCCAGCUUUCUUUCAUACAUAGGUGCGCCUCCUCGUCGCGUUCAAGACACUGUGGAUGUUGGUCCGAGGAUUGCUCUCGAGUGCUGGAACUAUGUGUUACACCUUCGUCCUCAUCUUCUUAAUUCUCUACGUCAGCGGGGUCCUUGCGGUAGAGUUGAUAACGAAAAACAAAGCCCAGUACAGGGACGACCCCGAGAUCUACAAGAUAGUCGAAGACCAUUUCUCGGGACUCUUUGUCAUCAUGCUUACUCUGGUACUCAUAAUUUGUUUUUCUAGUCUCCCUCUUGCUGUUGCUGUUUUUCAUCUAUGUAUUGCAGAAAUCGCUAUCAUUUCAUGUGCUAUUGCUUCUUCGACGUGCUCGCGAUGUGCUGGCUAUGCACCACUUACUAACUUAUCGUAUCGAAUAGAUGCUAGUGUGCCACCGCUCAUACACAUGACUCGCAUAGGUGCAAUUCGUGACAUUGGAUUCUAUCGGCGUAAUAUAUGUGCCGAUGAUCAAACACUCACCUGGGCUUGCAGUCUUUUUCAUGGGUUUCAUCCUCAUUGUUGCCGUUGCUUUGAUGAAUUUGGUGACAGCCGUCAUCGUCGAAGGCGCCAUUGAGCAAGCGAAAUCCGACAAGGAGGUGCAAGCAGCAUAUGAAGCACAGCGUCUGCAAAGGUUACUCCCAGAACUUCGAAUUAUGUUUGAAGCACUAGAUGAAGAUGGGAGCGGUGAUAUCUCUCGAGAGGAGCUCAUAAACGGCUUGGCAUCGGAUCCGGCACUAAAGUUAUGUCAACACUUCAACUUCUUGGCAAAAUAUUUAGGCGGAACUUGAAGUGCUCCGUGCAGUAUUACUAAUCAGAGAUUAAUAUCUCGUCGCUGACACGCCAUCUAACUAAGGUACAAUGACUUGAUAACUUCUUCUAAUGCAGGAGGAGUUGUGCGGUAUAAUGGGUAGCGAUGAUCCCAUUGAGCUCUUCGAAAUGCUGGAUGUGGACGGGGGCGGAGAGGUGAGCAUCGACGAGUUCUGCGAGCAAAUCCUGAAAACAGUAACGUCAGACCGCCCAAUAGAGCUUGAAAGGAUAAUGAAGCUAGUGCGCGACUUGCCCCUGAUGAAAAAGGAUCUAGAAAUCGUGGCACACGCACUAGGCCAGCGGACAGCGGCAGAACGGCUUGCCGCGGAAGAAGGAUGGCCAGACUCUCUUAUGGUGAAGAAACGCUUUUGCUAGUGAUUUCAUUGACCUUAUGAUAUCGCGAUGCAAUUUCCUAUGCACGUCUUUAGAUUAAGCAAGUAUCAACUCUGAGCGACGCUGAAAGCACUAAGAUUCUUGCACGAUUUGUCAAUAUCCCCCGACUUUUUCUUCUCAACUCUAAUGAGUGAAUUAGUGACGGUGAACAUCUGGCUCUUGUGAGCCCGAAUCCAUUGAUGACACGCAGUCCCGCUCCCGCAGUCCCUGGCAGUGGACGCAAGAAAAAGAAGAUCAGCACAGUGUCGAGCAAUGCUGAGAAGGGCCGCGGCUCAAUUGGAGUCGGGAACGAGGCGAUCGAUGCGAUGAAUAUGCGCCUCACGAAAAUUGAAAGUGCGGUACAAGAAAUUCUGAAAAAAAUUGACGUCAGCUACAUCCAGAUGGAAUAUUGCUGAUUGAGCGCAUAUUUUUCGAAAUUAAAUCUGUCAAACUGUUCUGACCGAUAGACCGUAUUAAUCUUGCUUCAAUAACUACGUUUCAAAUGUCGAAACUACCGAUGGUCGUUUGACCGCUUCCUUGCUUUGCUAACAAUCUGCUGUGCCUACUAUGUCCUUGCUUUGCCGACUAUCUGGUGCUUGCUUUGCCGACUAUUUACUCAACAGAGCUACGGUUUGAACAGAAAAGGGCUAUUGCGAACUGUUGUAAUGCUCACUUAUUCGAAAACCUAAAAUAAUCGAGUUACUGACUGAAAUAAGAGGGUCUUGACUACCUUCCUCUUCUUUCAAUAGAAAAAAUAGGGAAAACGAAACUCUAGUUCAUCCAGUAUUAUGUUUUUUACUUGGGCCAAAUCAUGUUUGCGGCUGUCGUGUCGCAGGGCGGUCACUGAUAUACAAGCAGCUUGCUCCCGCUCCCCCUGUUUCAUUUAGUACGAUUGCCCCUUAAAAAGAAUACGACAAGAUGAAUAGCAACGAAGGAAAGUGAAAUUACUUUUUACCUCACGAAAUCUAGUGAUAAGCAACGAAAACAGUGCUUAGGUCGACAGAUGAAUAGAAGAGAUUGGCCUAGAGAAACGGUUCCGACAAAAUUAACAUUGUGACGUGCAAUUAUACGCGUAGGCUGUAGUACCGUUUUAGUCUUUCAUGAGCUUUGUGCUGAUGUUAAUGAGCUUUGUCGUACAGGUUUAGGUUACCGCCCGGUGUGUCGUUUUUUACGUAGAGCCAUGCUACCGUGCUUGUUUGAGUUCUUUUUCACCAUCGUUUGUUGCUGAUAGGCAUUAGGCAUUGCCUGUGACAUUGACAGAACAUGGGUCUGCGAUCAUACUAUUCACGUUGGACGAUCAUUUUGAUAAAAUAUCAUGUCGAGGCUCCAUCGCUUGAACUUAAGGUGCUCCUCAAUGUGGUGCCUGCCGCGUUGCAAGAUGACGUU